AUGGCCGCGUUGUCAACAACUUCGUUGAGUGCUUCGCUUCUUGAAGAAAAUGAUAUUCCUGGCGCUUCUCUAUGUGGCCGAAAACCAUCCGAACUGAAAAAUGACGAGUUAAAGUUUUGGUUAAAGUGUAGAGGUGAUCCAGCGAAAGGCCUUAAAACGAAAGCAGAACUUGUUAAGAGGUGAGAAAUCGCUUUUUUCAGCUUUGUUUCCAUGCGCGUCACUUUGAUCUUUUCAGUAGCAAAUAUUCGCCAUGCUAAAGCGUUUUUAUUCAUUUCUCAGAGUGGAAGAGUACAUCACGCGUGGAAAAGAUAAAAAUAUUGUUGACCCUGAUCCAAAUCAGCUCUAUACGAAGAGGAAACAACAACGAAGCGGUGCAUCGUCGGGUGCGAGCGACGAGCGCCCGUCACAAGGU